AUGUCCUCUUCUUCAACUUCAAGUGAUCAAGAACAACAACAACAACAACAACAAGUACUUCCUCCAACUGCUUAUAGUCAUGAUGAUACUUUAAAUAAUGUCACUCUUAUAAAUAAUAAUCAUAAUGAAUCAAAUCCUCCUAAUUCUUCAUCUAUUCUUAAUACUAAUAUCAUCAAUGAAGAAGAAGAAGAUGAGGAUGAAGAUAAUAAUGAUCAUGCUUUGGAAAUUACCACUAAUCAUACAUCUAUCCUUCCUCCUACUGCAUCUUCAUCAUCUGAUACUACUACUAAUAAUAAUAAUAAUAAUAAUAAUGCUCAAACUACUAGUACUGAUUCGGUUUUAGAUGAUGAAAAAACAAAUGGAAUGGAUAAAGAUGGCUUCUUUUCGGUAAGAUUAACUCCAUUAAUUGAUCAUUCAUCUUCAUCAUCAGGAUUAUAUUUUUCUCCCAUUAUAAGAAAAAUUAAGCCAAAAUCGGGAAUUUCAAUUGGAAGAUAUACUGAAAAAAAUAAAUCAGCUGCUCAUGCUCCUCAAGGUUCUUCAGCUCCAAUUGUAUUCAAAAGUAAAGUGGUAUCAAGAACUCAUGCUUUAUUUCAAUGUAAUGAAGAUGGUCAAUGGUUUUUAAAAGAUUGUAAAUCUUCUUCUGGAACAUUUUUAAAUCAUAUUAGAUUAUCUCCUGCAUCUCAAGAAUCAACUUUAAUGCCAUUAAUUGAUGGUGAUAUAAUUCAAUUAGGUAUGGAUUAUCGUGGAGGUACAGAAGAAGUUUAUAGAUGUGUUAAAAUGAGAUGUGAAUUUAAUAAAAGUUGGCAAAGAAAAGUUAAUCAAUUUAAUUUAGAAAUGCAUAAAAAAUUAAAAAAUUUACAUUCCACAAAUGAAAUAAAUGAUGAAAAUAUUAUUAAUAAUGAUACAACAAAUUCAAAUUCCUUACCAUUACCAAAUUCAAAAAGUGGUAAUGAUUUAGCUGAAUGUGCUAUUUGUUUAAUGAAAAUUGAACCUUGUCAAGCCUUAUUUAUAAGUCCUUGUUCUCAUUCAUGGCAUUAUAAAUGUAUUAGACCUAUAAUAAUAAAAAGUUAUCCUCAAUUUUAUUGUCCAAAUUGUCGUACAAUGUGUGAUUUGGAAACUGAUCUUGAUGAAGAUGAUUAG